CAUUCAAAGAACAUUGUAAAAUUCUUCCACAUUAAUCCUGAAUUAAAUUUGUUUGAGUUCGUAGUUUUUUCGUGUAUUAUUAAAGAAUUACUGCCAAUUAAUGUGUAAUGAAAACAAAUCAAAGUAGUGCAAAAUAACUAAAACUUCAGUGAUAAAAAUUGCAUUGAGUAUGCGCUGAGUGUCCAGCCAUUUUAGUAACAAAGGAUAAAGAAAACAAAAACAACCACCAUGACCACAUCCAGUUUCUCGAGUGAUGAAGCCGCACUUGGCGAUCACUAUGCGUUGGACAUUAUUAAGGGUCAUUUUCUGCGUGAUUUUGAUAUGCGAGACGUAUUGCCGUCCAUACACGACAUCUUUAGCAAACUGGAAGAACAAUAUAUAAAUGCACACCUUCAAUGCGAUAACGAGUGCACGCAAAAUGCCAUCACCGAUAUUCAAGAUGUGCUCGGCGAGGAGAAAGCCUCACGUCUAUUCGCCGUAUUGCGCAACAAGAAUUAUGCACAAAUACGCAAAUUUAUGGAAGUUUUGAGUAGUGACUAUUUAUGGCUAGUGAGUCAUUUCGACAAUGUGAAUAAAGUGGACCAUAGUAAUUAUGUGGAUUUAGUACACGCUCUGCAUUCAAAAGUUAGCCUUAAAUAUGAAGAUUACAAUGUACAUCGUUCGAUGCCGUUCCGCAAACUACGCAAUGCUUUACUUACCAUGCCAAUGCAAGGUCGUGUAAUAUUAGCCAGCGACUUCGGUUAUGGCAAAAAAUGGCUCGCAGUCGACGUUUGCACUGAUUUUGAUGUUGCCAAAGCAAUGAAUUUUCAAAUCUACUGGAUCGAUAUGAGCGAAUGCACGAGCGCAUUGGAGGAUCUACGUAUGUUACGUUAUCUGAAACUUUUGCUAACCCAAUCGUCACGUUCACCCUCACCGGCCGGCUAUGGUUCAUUAGAACGUCCGGACCAAAAUGCAAAGUCAUUUAAAAAUUCAAUAGAUGAAUAUAAACAUUUGGUUGGCCAAGAGCUUCGGAAGAAUUCGCAUGAAAAGUGCCUUGUCGUACUGGUGAAUGUGCGAAAUACGCAUGCGUUGGAAGUCUUCGAUUUGCCAUGCAAAUUACUUGUACUCACACGCAGUAAAAAGGUUAGCGAUUCGUUUGCGAAGAAACGCAGCACAACAAUACGUUUGACAAACGGGCUGACACGUGCGGAAUUUUAUAUGCUCUUUGAAAAAUAUCUAGGGCAGCAGAAUUUGUUGGAAAAGUAUAUGGAUUUGAUUUAUGCGCACAGCAAUGAACAUCCAUACUUGCUCAGCUUGAUCGGGCAGAGCUUACGACAAAAUUUGGCUAAUUGGCAGGAUUGGAUCGACAAAUUGCGCGAAUCAAAAUUUGUUGACGUUAAAUUCAAUGCAGCGAUUGAAAAGAGUCUCGACAGCUUAGAACCGGAGUUGAGAAAAACAUUUACGAAGACAUUCAGUUGCUUCCCACAUGCCAUUUAUGUGCCACAAAGGCUGAUCGCUGCGCUCUGGCCUGCGGGUAAGUGUGAGAAAGAAUUGGAAAAGUUAUAUCGCCAUGGUUUUCUGGAAAAGUUUAUUUCACCAUAUGGUGAGAUCUGCUAUAAGCAACUCUUCGUCUAUGGCAAAACAAAGCAAAACAAUGAAGUGACGUCGGCUGAUAUAACGGAUAUGCAUAAAAAGCUGCUUAAUUAUUAUCAUCUAGUUGAAGAUCUGGCGGCGCGCAGCGAAGUUUUGCCAUUUAAGCGUGACAUGCAUGACUUCUACUUUUUCUCCUGCAUUGGUUAUCAUAUCAAUAAGUCUGGACUGACCGACUACUUUCGUCAGCUGUAUUUGGAUUUUGGUUUUCUGGAGCAGAAAAUACGCAAUGUUGACUUGCUAAGCACCAUUGCCGAUCUAGAAACAUAUCAAGAGUAUAUUGCUGCUGAUUUGCAGGCACGCAAAUUAUUGCGUGCAUUACUCAAAUUUUUACCCAAUAUCGAGAAGACACUGCAGGAAUCCAGCAGCACCACACUUUUGCAAUGCGCGUUCAUGGAGGAUGGUUUAGUUGGCAUUGAGGCGCGCAAACAAGCGGCCGCUUUUUCAAAUUUCGCUUGGUUUGAGCAACACGGCUGUAUUCAUCAACGUCAAAAUAUUGUACCACUGCCAAGUACACCGAAAAAAGUCUUACUACUUGAUCAAGAACGUUCGCUAAUUGCUUUGCAAGAAAGUUCAGCAAUUUUGCUAAUCAACAUAACCUUUGAUUGGAAUACAUAUACUGUGAAACUUAAGGAACCGACGCGCGGCAAAUCAAACGUGAUUGAUAUACGUUUCUUCCGUGACAAUAAUUCAUAUAUUUUGUUAGCGCUGUAUGACAAUGGCAAUAUGAAUGUUUGGUCGCUACAGGGUGAUUGCACUAUGUACCGGCGCAGGUCUCACUCAUUUGCGCGUCCAGCUGAAAAAGAAAUCGAAUGUCGGAAUUUCAUACCAAUCGAUCAUUUGCUGAAGCCUAUAUCAGCUUUUGAUUUCUCCUACGGUGUUAACACUAAUCCGUCCAAUUUAUACUUGGCUUAUAGAACCGGUGAAAUUCGUUAUAUUGAGUGGAACAGUGAGAAUGAGAUCUUCGUGCCUGCACCAUAUGAGUGUUUGAAAACCGGCAUGCCGGAUAUAUGUCUCCUGCGCAUCGUCUUCAAUCGUAACUAUAUAGUGUGCAACAAAGCGGGUGACAUAUGCAUUUUCGAUGUGUUGGAUUACUCGCAUCUACGUGGCAUCGAAACGUUCAAACACUUAAUCGAAACAAUCGAAUUAACACGCAAUGAGUUGCUGUUAAUUUGUCGCCGUUGCAUUGUGCAUUUUACAAGCAGGUCUAUAAAUCAAACUGGUGAGCCGAACUAUCUGCUACAAGAGCGCGACAUAACAGCCGAUGAUGCGCAUAAUGCCAUCAAUUGCGCCAAACUAUUGCACAUCAAUGGGCAUAAGCAACUGCUAUUGGGCACCAAGAAGGGUCUCAUAAUGUUCGACAUCGAAACGCGUACAAAAGUUUUGACGACAAACGUUAACGAAGAUAUCACUUGUGUGGAUAUACAGCCACUGGAUGUAGUUAAGAACAAAUAUAUCGUGGCGUGUGGCUCCAACGCGCAUAAGUUCUUAAAUCUGUUUGCGUUGCGUACCAAUGCCGCUGGCAGACCGCUGCUCAGCUGGUCGGGUAGUUCAAAAACAUUACGCACGAAGCAGCCGAACUUGGACUUACAGAUGCCACCAUAUGUGUCGUUGAAGGGCGGCAAAUUGUAUACGGUGCAAUAUGAGCAUGAUGCGGCGACGCUGCUAGCGGUCGACUCUCAGAAUCAGUUACAUAAAAUUGAUGCCAACGGCCAUACGCGUGUGUAUGAAACAGCGCCAGACAUCAUCACUGCCAUUGCACAAUACGGUGAGCGGUCAUUUAUCGGUUGCGCUAAUGGUGUGCUGGUUGAUUUGAGUUUGCAUGCAACUUCGCCAGCUGCUAUGCAACAGGUGUUUAGUAAGCAGCCGAUUGAGUUUUUACAGUUGCUCGAUGAACAUACGCUGAUUGCUGCCGGUGCCAAUGAGUUUGUCGUUUUUACGAACUUGAAUUAUGGUGUUUGUAAGCGUUUUCCAAUGCUCGCCAAUAGAGUUAUGCGCUGUUUUCGUCUAACGGCAGGCCAAAUACUUAUACUUUUUACCAAUCGUGCAUUUUCGGUUUUGGACGAGUGUGCCAAUUUAAUAUACAAUUACAUUCCGAAGACUCCAGUCAGUAUUGGUGGUUGCGAUCUCCAAAACAACCAACUUUUUAUGGUAACUGAAAACUAUAAAAUCGAGGUUUUUGAUCUUGCCGAUUCGCUUGGUCCCAAACAGCCGAACAUGACCUACAACGCUGGUGAUAUGUUUCGCGGCGCACGAGUCAGCUGUAUAGCGGUAUCACGCAAAGCCAACUUACUCGCUGUCGCUUGCUAUAUAAUGAACCAUAAUGGCGAGAACGACAUAAGUAUACAUGUUUACGAUUGCCAACUACACGCCAAACGCAUCGAUCUGCUCUACACCCUCAAUGGUCACUCGCAACGCAUCAACAGUAUGCGUUUCUCGCCUAAUGCCUAUGUGCUAGUCAGCUGUGCUGAGCAGCUAUGCUGGUGGAGCUUGCACAUGGCGGCAUGUAAGCUGAACAAUGCCGUCGCAGACACGACAACACAACAGCGACGUAGCGGCUUUACACGUUUUCCCUCCGACAGUGAGGACGAGGAAACGCUUGAAGAGCACUUAAGCGCCGGUAAACUUGCAAGAAUUUUGGAAGAUGUUUCGCUGCAGGCGCGUAAUGACACACGUCCACCAACCGAUGUUACACCAGUUGAUGAUGUUGUUGAUUUCACAAUGGCGACCGGCGGAGUUGAUGCCAUUUGGAAGAGCAAGUGUGGACCGGCAACAAAUUGUGAAUUGUUGGCAUGUGUGAAAUUUAAUGGCAACGAGGCGCUGCAGUUUUUCGCCAAUGAAGCGUUCACGAAAUUCCAGACAAUCGACAAUGGCGGCAGUUAUUAUGUGUUGACACUGCAUGAUUUCAAUGCGCCGCUGGAGACAUGUGAAAGCGUCGUUGAAACGUCAAAUGCUGUUGCAGACUGUGAUGUAGUCACCUGACCGCCUGACAGUCGCCUUUAUACGCCGAGGGGGCGUACGAAAAAGGGUUCUGUUCCAAAAGGUGCGGCUGUGAUUGAGACUGUAGUGUUUCGCUACCAAUUUAUAUACUUUUUAAUUUAUUUUUGUAUAUUUCACUGCGAUCUCUUUGCAUGUGAUUGCUAACGGUAAAGCUAAAGGUAAAGCAAGUCAAAAGCACAACGCCAAAAAAGAAAACAAUCAAAUGCUAGCUAUUUUUACAUAUAUGUAUUUACAUUAAACUAGCGCCAAUAGUUAGUGUAUAAGUAUUAAAGUUUUAAAGCAACACGUGACAACUAUUACGUAACUAUUUUUUUUUUUUUGAGUUUAUACACUACAAAGAAAUAGCAACUUCAGCGUGCAACAAAUAGGUGCCAAAUAGUUUAUUUUUAUGCAGUAAGCAAGCUAUUUUCAGUGUGCUAAUAAUGAAAGACACUCUGUAAGUUGACUCACGGAACAGCAGAGUUAACGGUUUAGUUUUUAUAUGUUAAAAAUAACGUAUUCCAAAAAUGUCAAACCAAUUAUUCUUAUGAUAUAACUCAAUAUAUGUGUUAUUGACAUAAUUUUUACAUAUAUUUUGUGUAAGUUUA